AAUCGAUAGGGAGAGGGAAAAUCAAUUCAAUAAAUUUAUUCAUCCUCCUCCUCUCUUUCUUUUUCAUCAACUAAGUAUCACUAUCAACAAAUCAAUAUGUCCACUACAACAAUCAAUGUCUUACUUACUGGUGGUGGUCUUCUCAUCUCGUUGUCAAUCGAUUCUGUUUCCAAAACCAAAUUUCUGUCUCUAUUUAUUGCAGAAUUGAAUUUUUAUUGGGGCAGCACAAGAAUCUUUGCUGAAAAUGGAUGCUUGGCAGCUUUGCUUGCACUUAGAAGUAAAUGGGGAAAGAAAUUUUGACAUCUGCUCCUGCAAGUGCUGAUGAUUGGAGAACAACGUUAGCUAAAGUAAUACCAGCUGUGGUGGCUUUAAGAGUUGUAAGAUGUAAAGCCUUUGAUACUGAAUGUGAGGGUUCAGGUUCAUCAACAGGGUUUAUUGUUGAUAAGAAACGAGGAAUUAUACUUACUAAUCGUCAUGUCGUGCAACCUGGCCCUGUUGUUGCUGAAGCUAUGUUUAACAAUAUGGAAGAGAUUCCAGUUUUUCCUCUUUAUAGAGAUCCGGUCCAUGAUUUUGGUUUCUUUCGAUAUGAUCCUGGAGCGGUGCAAUUUCUGAGCUACGAGGAGAUACCUCUAGCACCUGAAGUUGCUUCUGUAGGACUAGAGAUUAGGGUUGUGGGUAAUGAUAGGGGUGAACAGGUUUCAAUUUUGGCAGGAACAAUAGCUCGUUUGGAUAGGAACACACCUGUGUACACAUAUGAUGGUUACAAUGACUUCAACACGUUCUACAUGCAAGGCGGCUCAAGCGGUUCCCUGGUCGUGGAUUGGCAAGGAAGAGCAGUGGCUAUGAACGCUGGAGGAAGUCUGGACGAAUCUCUUAGAGCAUAUUUUCUUCCAUUAGAGCGAGUUGUUAGGGCAUUAAAUUUUAUCCAGAAGAGUAAAGACUUGUCUGGAUGUGGAUGGGAGGCUGUUACUAUUCCUCGAGGUACACUUCAGGCAACUUUUCUUCAUGAAGGUUUUAAUGAGACACGCAAACUGGGACUCAAAAGUGAAACAGAACAGGGAUAAGUGAAGGAGGUUAUUGUGGGGACCGAUGUAAGAGAUGGCAACGGCACCACGCGAAUAGUGAGCUGGUGUGGGUGUAUUGUUCAGGAACCUCACCCCGCUGUUCGUGCACUUGGAUUUCAUCCCGAAGAAGGGCGAUGUGUAUAUGUGUCUAGAAGUUCUGGUGGAAGUCCAGCACGUACAUAUGGUCUCGAGGCGAGGAAGUGGAUAGUUGAAGUCAAUGAGAAACUCACUCCUGAUCUGGAUUCUUUUGUCGAAGUGAUAAAGGGGCUGGAGCACGGGGAGUUUGUUCGUGUCAGAGCGGUGCUCUUAAAUGGGACUUCUAAAAUGUACAGCCUCAAGCAGGAUCUUCAUUACUGGCCUGCAUGGGAAUUGAAAUUCGACAUGGAGACAGCAGUGUGGCGGCGUGGAAUAAUCAAGGCACUAAAUGUCUAAAUGCAAGGGUAGACUAAUCUAAACUUUUUGAUGAAGUUCGAUAGAAAAUGUUGCAAGUUUCGCUAGUAUAAUGCCUCGAAAACAUGUUCACCUGAAUCAAAUUACCAACUGACUUUCUCUUGUACAAUGGCUUACUGCACAGCCAUAUAUUCCAAUGAAAAUUUGAAUAGAAACUGUGACGGGGAAGGCUAAAUUUCAUUUUGUGAUCUUUAUCUUGUUAAAGAAAGACAAUGAGAUGUGUUAGCAUUACUUUGAGAA